GUUAAAUAAACAGAACCGGUGAUGUCUAUUUAUCUCUUUCAACUAAUGUGGUCUCUAAGGGCACAUGCUGGGCCUCAAGAGCAUUUUGUCUGUCUAUGUAUCUGUCUUAAUGUCGGUACGUGACUGUAAAAGAGAACAACUCCUGAUUCAUUUAUGAAAUUAAGAAUCUGAAAUAUUCUUGGAUUAUGUCUUAUAGUUUGCUGAGGCCAAACAAAAUGGUACAAUUCAUUUUUUGUCCAAUGGAGUCAGUUUUCAGUGCAUAAGGCGCCCAGUAUGACGUCUGUAAAUUUCUUCUGGACUAUUACAGAAAACAUAGUAGAAAACUGGGGAGACUGACACCUGUGAAUAUAGGAUGGGUUGUGUAUGUAGUGAUCAGAAACAACCCACAGAAAAUAAAAGAAAGGGUAUAAAUUCAACUAACUCUAACACAUCUCAUUUAUUGAGAGAACACAGGAACAAUGAUACAGGUGAAAACAUUGUUAUUGCUCAGCAUGACUUUCAACCUGCUAGUGAGAAUGAUCUUGAAUUCAAAAAAGGAGACAGACUCAAGAUUAUCAGGGAAACUGGAGAAUGGUGGUUGGCAAAGUCCUUGGUCACAGGUGAUGAGGGAUAUAUUCCACGUACGUAUGUGGCAAAAGCAGAAACAUUGGAGGUGGAGAAAUGGUUUUUCAAGAAUAUGAGUCGCAGAGACACAGAACGUCUUAUACUGGCCCCAGGAAACAAGCCUGGCUCAUUUCUUGUGCGUGAAAGUGAAACAACCAAAGGUGCUUUCUCUCUGUCUAUACGAGAUUCCUGCCCAGAGCAGGGUGAUGUGGUAAAGCACUAUAAGAUCCGUGCGCUUGAUAACGGCGGUUAUUACAUCUCUCCCUCCAAGACCUUUGCUUCUCUACAGGAACUUGUGAAUUAUUACUCCAAAGCAUCAGAUGGUUUGUGUCAGAGAUUAGGAAGUCCUUGUAAGACCGCAGCCCCUCAGAGACCCUGGGCCCAAGAUGAAUGGGAGAUUCCCAGGGAGACUCUAAAGUUUGAGCAAAAACUUGGUGCAGGACAGUUUGGAGAAGUGUGGAUGGGGUACUACAAAAACCGACAGAAAGUUGCCAUUAAGACCUUGAAGGAAGGCACCAUGGAACCAGAGGCUUUCCUGCAGGAAGCAAACCUCAUGAAGCAGCUAAAACACGACAGACUGGUCAAAUUGCACGCUGUGGUAACAAAACAACCCAUUCUGAUUGUUGCAGAAUACAUGGCACAUGGAAGUUUGUUGGACUUUCUGAAAACAGAUGAUGGACGGAAAUUAAAACUACCCAAGCUGAUUGAUAUGGCUGCUCAAAUUGCAGAGGGCAUGGCUUACAUUGAAAGAAAUAACUACAUUCACAGAGACCUGCGGGCUGCGAAUAUUCUAGUUUCGGAGACUCUACACUGCAAAAUAGCAGAUUUUGGCCUUGCCAGGAUAAUAGAGACUGAAUAUACUGCACAGGAAGGUGCAAAAUUCCCUAUUAAGUGGACAGCACCUGAGGCCAUCAAUUUUGGUACUUUUACCAUCAAGUCAGACGUGUGGUCAUUUGGAGUUCUUCUGACAGAAAUGAUCACAUAUGGCCGAGUACCUUAUCCAGGUAUGACGAAUCCGGAGGUGAUCCGUAACCUUGAAAGGAACUACAGGAUGCCUUGUCCAGAUGGCUGCCCAGAGGAGCUCUAUGACAUCAUGAUGAAGUGCUGGAAUGAAAGACCGGAGAACAGACCCACCUUCGAUUACUUGCAGGAUAUGCUCAAUGACUUCUUCAUUGCCACCGAGGGCCAGUACGAGGUGCAGCCGUAGCUCCUGCACCCUCACUGAAUAAACUUUAUGAAUGUAUACUGUAGAUGAACUGAAUGAGACAUACAGUAUAUACACUGAACUUGGAAUGUGGAGUGGAAAGACGGACUAAACCCUGUAUCGAAGGAAUAAUUAAAGGCAUAGUUCACCUCAAAAUGAAAAUUCUGUCAUGAAUUACUCUCUAGUUGUUCCAAACCUGUAUGAAAUUCUUUGUUUGAUUGAACACAGAGAAAGAUAUUUGGACAAAUGCUUGUAACCAAACAGUUCUUGGACCCCACAAAGACAUUUAUACAUAUUUGGAACAUCUUGAAAGUGAGUAAAUUAUGACAGAAUUUUAAUUUUGGGGGGAAGUAUCCCUAUAACAUUGUGGAAUGUAAGCUACUAAAGCAAGCACAGAAUGCAGUAUUGUAUAUCAGUAAAUAUGUGUUUUUUACAGUUAUUGCCUUAAUGUAUUUUUAAGAUGUACUGUAUAGUCUUUUUUAGCCUAUUUUAGCAUUAUUUUAAAGAUGUAUUGUUAUUUUUGAUACGUAAAAAUACAUCCUUUCGCAAGUCAGUCACAAGUAGAUUGUUUCCCCCGAAAUUUGUAAAAAUAUUGCUCUGUUAGUUUGAGCAUACAGAUCAGCCUGGCAAAAUUUUGGGCUGGUUACAGACACGGGGGAUUUUUUGGAAAGCCUGCAGAACAUCAUUAUUUUCUCCGUUUCUUUGGUGAUACACAAUUGACACUCUUCAUAUUUAAAGCUCUCUGUUAUAGCCCCAUAAGGGUCUGUUUAUUAGGUAAACAAGACCUUUUUUAUUUACUGUUUAAUUACUUUAUUUACUGUUUUAGUAAAGCCAUUUAAGAACAUUUGACAUUGUAAAUGCACACAAUGGGGCUCCUUUGAACGCUUAAAGUGAUAGUUCAUCCAAAAAUAGAAAUUCUGUCAUC